UGUUUCAGAUUGUGUUGACAGAGCUUGCAGACAGUGUUCUUCGGAGGAUUGUUAAGUGUUUUACAGUGUAAAAUGGAACUACAGAAUGUAUCAAACGGUCACCAUGUUCUCAACUCUGACAGAAUUCUUGAGAAUGGAUCUGAUGCCCUUGAAAACAUGACAGAGGGGGAUACCUUCCUCCCCAGUAAGAGUAAUGGAAAGACAGAAACUCGGUUUACAGAUUUCGAGGGAAAGACUUCUUUCGGAAUGUCUGUUUUAAACCUCAGCAAUGCCAUUAUAGGCAGUGGAAUUCUGGGACUGGCUUAUGCCAUGGCCAACACCGGAAUCAUCCUUUUUGUAAUCCUGUUGCUAUUCAUUGCUGUUCUCUCUGCCUACUCCAUACACCUGCUUCUGGAGAGUGCAGGAGUGGUUGGGAACCGUGCAUAUGAACAGCUCGGGAACCGUGCAUUUGGUCAACCUGGGAAAAUAUUAGCAGCAUGCAUUAUAACACUGCAUAACAUUGGAGCAAUGUCCAGUUACCUGUUCAUUGUGAAAAUAGAGUUACCUCAUAUUAUCCAAGGUCUUCUGCCAGAUAACUCAGAUUACUGGCUUGUUGACGGGAGGUAUCUCAUCAUCAUCGUCAGUGUCUUGAUCAUUCUUCCCCUGGCAUUGAUCAAACAACUUGGCUAUCUGGGCUACACCAGUGGUUUCUCCCUCAGCUGCAUAGUCUUCUUCCUUAUAACUGUCAUCUACAAGAAGUUUGUCUCAGAGUGUCCUGAUGAACACAGCUAUAACAAAACUGUGCCCACUGAAAGCAUAUACAACUCCACCGAUGACAUGUGUGAAGCCAAACUUAUAACUGUCAACCCAGAGACUGCUUUUACCAUUCCCAUUAUUACGUUUGCUUUUGUGUGUCACCCUGAAGUGUUGCCCAUUUACACAGAACUCAAAAAUCCAAGCAAGAAAAGCAUGCAAAAAGUUGCUAAUAUCUCUAUUUUGGCCGUGUUUGUCGUGUACCUGCUGACUGCCAUCUUUGGCUACCUCACCUUCUAUGGAACUGUGGAGUCAGAGCUUCUGAAUAUGUACAGUAAAAAAGACACCCUGAUGCUGUGUGUUCGGCUGGCUGUGGUGAUAGCAGUGACACUGACCAUUCCCGUGGUCCUUUUCCCGAUUCGUCGUGCUGUAUUGCAGCUUCUUUUCCCCGAUAAACCUUUCCACUGGGUGCGUCACAUCUCCAUCGCUGUUUGCCUCCUUUUCUUAGUCAACCUGCUCGUCAUCUUUGUGCCCAACAUUCGUGACAUCUUCGGCUUCAUCGGUGCCACAUCUGCUCCCAGCCUCAUUUUUAUUCUUCCGGGAAUAUUCUACAUUUACAUCGUCCCUGAAGAAAAGGAGCCGUUGAAAUCUCGGCCAAAGAUCCAGGCGAUUGCAUUUGUGACACUGGGUUUCAUCUUCAUGAUUAUGAGCAUUACGUUCAUCAUAAUUGAAUGGGUCACCGGAAAGAAGACGUCGGGUGGCCACUGAAAGAGCACCACCGGAUUCCAAACCUUAAAGACCAAAUCUAAUACAGAACACAAAACUCUUGAACCUGCAACGUCUGCAUCAGGUUCAGUUCCAUUUAGUUUGAUAGAUAUCAAACAAAUAAUCCUUAAACAAUAAAAAGUAAAUUUUGAUUUUGUAUCCCACAUGUAAAAUUUGGUCUCAAACCUUUGCGCCCCACUGUAAGUGAAUUUCAGUUAAUUUCAUUUUUAAAGAAAUAAUGGGCAGUUUGAUUAUUCAACAUUCCUAAAAGCAGCUUAUAACAUUAUUCAAUAAGGAAGAGUGUACAGUUUUGUGUUGAAUUCCAGCAUUGUUUUAAGCACAAUGCUUCAAUGUCAGAGUAUGAACCUGAAGUUAAUGGAUUGUUUUUAUUGGUAUAUUUUUGUCUAGUUACAUCAGAGAAAUGAAAUCUAGAGUACAAGAUGUCUUUUAUUAAACAAUUAGUGUUUAGUGAAGUUCUCGUCACCAUCAACAUUUCUUUACUCUGUUUAAGAGAGGAGAAGGAAUAUAAAUGUCUGAAUACGAAAUAUCUAGCAGUAUUCCAGAAACACUAUGACACUGCUGGGGAUCUUUCAUGUUGUAUGUCAUUUUGUUUGUUGAAUAAUUGGAAAUACUUUUUGAACAUCUUGAAAAUUAGAAUACUUUUAACAAACUUGAAAAAAAAAGUGGUUUAUGGUGAAAUGUUGUGAUUAAUUUACAAAAGAUUCCACUCCAGAAAUGGGCCAGAUUAUUAACAAUGAAAUGUUAAUAAUUAUUAUAUUAACAAUGAAUGUUAAUAAUUUAUUUUAUUUUUUAUUUUUCUUGUGAAAGGUCACUACAGUAUAACACAGCAUUGAUAGGCCUGCAGAAUUUAUCAUCAAUAAUAAGCUCACUGAAAUGUUCCUGUGGUCAUACUAUGCCCAUCUGUGUUACUUCUCAUCAGUAUCUGUGAGUUUACAUGGACCAGGACUAAAAUUGUUUCCUGCUGGUCAUUACAACUACUUUAUCAUAAAUGUCAACAUGUAUGGUUGUUUUGUAUAGUCUUUUAUGUACAUAUUGUGUGUGGAACGGAAGAAACCUUCCAUUAUUUCUUGUAAAUCAGUGUACAUAUUCUGUGUACAUAUUCUACAGUCUUUUUCUGCUCAGAUUGGGUUGAAUGGUGAUCGAAAAUAAAACGUAAUACUGAACGGAUCAAUAA